GCGGGGAAAUGGGUACCAUAACAUGUGGUGGCAACUGGUGGUACUACGUAUGUUUGUAAACAUUAAAACAAUACUCGCUCUCAUAACUGCGUCACAUCUGCGUUAGCAAAAAACUAAUAAGAAACUUGUGAAGUGGAUGGAUCCCAGCAUGACCACUCCAGGGAUUUUUUUUUGCGAUAACUCUUGUAAGUGGGUCUUGUCACAUAAACAACGUAAUAUAUUAUUACUGGGAUAUGGGAAAGGUAUUCAGUAAUCAGUUCGUGAAUGUGAUUUGUCGUGGUUUGUGCUCAGCGGUGAAUAUUAGUGUUACAAUUUUUGUAAUUUUACACAAUUAGGUAAGUCUAACUCUUUGUUUAUGAAGGCGCUAGUUACAAUAUACCUAUGCAUUAAACAUACUGGUUUACUCACAAAAUAUUGUGUAUUUUUCAGUUGAAAAAAAUGGAACACCGAGUUUCCAAGACUCAAUUAGAGGACCUCCUUAAUUAUUUAAUGGAGCAUCAGGCUCUGGCUAAAGGCAUUGGUUUGGGUCCACGGUCAAAAGAAACAGUCGAUCGCCAGUGGGAAGAACUAGCUUCCAAAUUAAACGCCCAUGGCAGUGGUGCCUCAAAAUCUGGAUAUCGCUGGAAACGUUAUUGGGCUGACCUGAAGCAUAAGGUAAAGGCAAGGGCAUCAGCCCAAAGACGGGCAGCUUCUGGUACUGUUGGUGGGCCGGGAUGUAAGGACGACUUAUCAGAAAUUGAUAAAAAGGUGUUGGCCAUUAUUGGAGAGGCUGCUGCAUAUGGUGAUACCCAGCAUAGAGUGCCAGCAUUUCCUAUACCAACACCAAGUACCUCCUCGGCCAUCUAUGAGGAUAUCGCCACUGAAUGUGUAGAGAUAACCAUAGAGUCUUCUCCACCACCACCAGCCAGUGAAAGGCUAAUAGAUAUUGGGCAGACCACAACGCCAAUAUCACCAUCAACGAGAGGAAAUACUGGUAAAGUUUUUUCAGAUAGAGUGCAGGCACCAGCUUCUACUGACCCUAACAGGACGUGGGGUCCUAGAUCAAAUGCUGAUAGUCCAGUGUCACGGCGACUACCCAGGGGCUCUGUUAGGAGGCGAACUAUAUCUGAUCUCAGGACUCGUCAAAGAGUUGACCCGUCUUGGAUCGUUGAUAUGGAACAUAGACGGAUCGACGCGGAGCAGAAGCUGGUAGAUGCAAUAAUGAUAAUUGCAGAGGCUAGGAGGGACGAGUUGGAUAUAUCGCGCAGACAGCUAGCCCUUACAGAGACUCUGGCUCAGGCGCUGCGCGAACUGACCAAUGUGUUAAAAAAUUGUUUAGGGAAUAAAUAACAUUGUUUCA